UCUUCUCCUUCUUCUUCAUCCCAUUCUCUCUCUUUCUCUCUCUCCCUCUCUCUCUGUAUCUAAACCAAUUAGGGUUUCUCUCCCUUCUUUGUCUUUGCUGAUCCCGUUCGCUGCCUUCGCGUCUUCACUGGAUCAAGAUUCUCUGCACUGUGCUUGAAUUGGAUAAUCAAUCCUAGAGCAUAUAUGUUCAAAGGUUGAUGUAUUGCCCAUAAUCUUGUUGCUGUUAUGAGUGUAUGGAAGGGUGAUGCUUGAUUUAUCUAGGAUGUUGCGGAGUCAUCUACCCUGAGUGAUUAUGCAUGUAUAAAUUGAGUUCAACCAUCAUAUUCUAUUAUUAAUAUUGAGAACUAUUGUGAGUUAUACUUUAGUUCUGGAAAGAAGGCACAAGGACCUGAGGAUUUCUUGUAUCCAUGCUGUCAGAGAGCAUGCGUGGAAUCUGUAUUUCGGGUAAUGCCCCUGACGAGAUUUGCUGUCGAUGCAUUCGGUGUGGUGACAAUUUGUCUAGUAACCAUCUUGAUUCUUCUUGGGUUGAUGUGCAUUGCUUACUCAUUUUACUUCCGCUCUCGUAUUCGAAGUCAAGGGUUUGUUCAGCUCAAUUAUUUUAGUGGUCCUUGGAUCAUUAGAAUCACAUUCAUCCUAUUUGCAAUCUGGUGGGGUCUUGGUGAGGUUAUUCGGUUAACUUUCUUAAGACGUGCCCUUCACUUAAAAUGGCAGCAAACUGUUUGCAAAUGUUACAUUGUAUCCAAUAUGGGGUUUGCAGAACCAUGCCUCUUCCUCACACUUGUGUUUCUCCUUCGUGCACCCUUACAGAGAUUGGAGACUGGAAUUAUGAGCAGCAAAUGGAAUGUGAAAACAUCUGGAUACAUUCUUCUUUACUGCCUUCCAAUGUUUGUUCUUCAGCUUUUUGUUAUUUUGGUUGGACCUCAGUUAGACAAGCAUAAGGGUUCUGGAAAAAAGUUGCCUCAUUAUUUUACAAGUACAGCCUAUGCCUCUUCAAUGGCAGGGGGAGAUGAUAUGGCCCUCUGUACUUACCCUUUACUCAGUACUAUUCUCCUUGGCCUUUUUGCCAUUAUUCUGACUUCCUACCUUUUUUGGCUUGGUAGUCGGAUUUUAAAAUUAGUUAUCAAUAAGGGUUUGCAGAAGAGGGUUUACACAUUGCUAUUCUCAGUUUCGUGUUUCCUCCCAUUAAGGGUUCUGUUCCUUGGUUUAUCUGUGUUAUCUGCACCUGAGCAGUUUACGUUUGAAGCCUUUGUUUUCUUGGCUUUUCUUGCACUUACAUGUUGUGCUGGGUUGUGCAUGUGCACGCUUGUGUACCGUCCAGUUGCAGAUUGUUUAGCUCUGGGAAAUCUACGUGACAUAGAAGCUAGGAGGUUUAAUGAUGAUCAUAAUGAUACUGUGUCCCUUAUUGCUAACCAGAGUCAUCUGGAAGAUAAUUUUGAUGAAAAUGCCCGGUCUAGUCCUGGUAGGUAUUCUGAUGCAUCAACAAAGCGUGGAUCAAUUUCAUUUCGGACAUUGGAAAAGGAUGUUACUUCAACUGGAACAUUUGUAGAACUAAGCCUCUUCUCUCCCAGCCACAGUGCAACUCCACCAGGAUCGCCUCCUCUUCUCGGAUGGCCUAUGCGAUCCCCAACACAAGUUAUUGAACCAUAGAGGCAGGCUACAAACUGGAUAUGUUGGGUGUAUCAAUUUUGUGGAAAAGGAAAAACUGAUUGUAAAGGGUGUAGCUGCAAUAAGGUUUUCUUUUUCUUUUUCUUUUUGUUUUGUUUGCUAAUUCUAGUUAUGUUUUUGCCCAGGAAUUUAUUACAAGUACUUUUUUACUUAUCUGUACCAUUUCGUCUACUUUUUUUCCACCAGUUUCUAAUUUUGUACUUGAAAUGUUGGAACACUUACAUAAGGUCAUUCUUCUGAGUAGUAGUUAGUUGAGCUGCACUUUCUUGUAGAGGUAUUGGGGUAUGACUUAUGUUUGAUCUCGUUAAACAUCUGUGAAGCUGUUGGAUGAGUUUUUUUGUUGUGGGAUUUGAUUUGCUUUGUUUAAAUAACGAGAUA